AAAAAUCAUUUCAGUAUGAUGUGGUGCCACUAAAAAUUCAUUCUAUUCGAAUUGUGCAUCAAUACAGUUGUUAUAAAUCUUUAUAAAUUAUUAUAAUUCUCGCAUUAGCGUAAUUAGACAUGACGCCGGGAAAAGAGAGUGCUCUAGCGAAUGCAUCUGGCGAACGCUAAGACAUUUUUGUUGCGUCAAGUCGUUUUGUGUCGACUAUAUACGCAAUCUUCUCAUUUAAUCGCGCUUACUACUCUCUCCUCGAGCCUCUUCCCGUGCCUCGCCCCUCAUUCCACCGAAAAUUAAAUUGAUAUGUAUUAUGUGCAUUUCGUUUUGUGGAUGUAGAAAGUGCCAGUUGCACAUCUGGAGCUGGCACGUCUAUUCGACACACAUAUGUAUAGCUACACGUGUUUCUGCUUUGCUUCGAUAUUGAAACCGUACCGCUAACAGCAUGUGGCCUAUCGAACGAUUAAGAGACCUAAUCUGCGGAUAAAAGUCGGAGUACGAGAUUGACAUCGAAACGGGAGUUGCUGACAGUUCGAACAUGUCUGACUUUAUCAGUUUGUAGCGCCAAUUUAGCGCGAGACAACACCAGAGUAAUGAGAUACAAGAUUUACUAAAUUCAUCAGUACUUUGAUAUUCUGAUAUAAAUCAUGAAAGUUAAUUAUACACAACUGCCUAUAAAGGCACAUUAUUUCUUUUUAUGGCAGCAAUGGGUCCAAUUUUACCGUUUCUACCAGUUUAUGGCAAGCAACUUGGUAUUUCACCAUUAAUUAUGGGUAGUAUCACCGCAAUUUUACCGAUUUUGUUCCUGAUCGCGAAACCAACAUUCGGUUUCGUCGUAGAUUAUUUUCACACCUGGAGAAAACUGAUCUUUAUAGCAUUACUUGCUGUAACAAGCGGUUGUUACAUUUUUAUGUACUUUUUACCAGCUCUGCCUGGUCCACUUUUACCAGAUCAUCAGUUUCAAAAUGUUUCCUGCAUGACUUUAUUACCUUGUAAUAUGAACCAUCACAUUUCAACAAUUGCAUUAUGUGAUGGCACGAAAGUUGCUAUGUGUCAUUGGAUUUGUAAAGAUGCAAAUUUUUCUACAAAAUUAACUUUUUAUCCAAUUGAAAAGGAAGCAAUCAUUUCACCGAAUACUUCAUGCUUAUUAAAUAUUAAUGAAACAUCACAGUGUCAAAGAAAUAUAACAAAGAAUUAUAAGUGUAACGUUACAUGUGAUAAUUUUGAAGAUGAUCAUUGUUUAUAUACAUCCAUUACUUUCUGGGGAUUUGUUCUCUUAAUGUCUCUUGGUAAUAUCGGCUUUAAUGUUUCCAAUUGCAUAAGUGAUGCAAUUUGCUUUGAUGUAUUAGGAGAAGGUAAACAAAUGGAAUACGGUAAACAGCGAGUAUGGGGUACAAUCGGUUUCGGUGUAGCAGCAUUUUUAGCUGGUUACACAGUGGACUUGUGGUCGCACGGAGAAAUUUAUAAAACUUAUACGCCAGCAUUUCUUCUUGUGCUUGCAUUUACUUGUAUCGAUUUAAUCUGUUGCAGAAAGUUGAAGCUGCCACCUAUGUUAGGAUCGACAAGCAUACUAAAAGAUGUAUGCACUCUUUUGAAAUUGAAACCUAUCAUUAUAUUUUUAUGUUUUGCUACGCUCGCGGGUAUCCUUGAUAGUUUUAUAAUUUACUUUUUGUUCUGGUAUUUAGAAGAUCUUGCUAUGGCGACCGGUCAUAUGGGUGAAAUUAAAUUAAUAGAAGGUCUAAUCGUAGCCGCGGAAACUCUCGGUGGCGAGAUAAUAUUCUUCUCUUUCUCUGGCAAAAUAUUGAAAAAAUUUGGAUAUGGCUAUACCUUUACAUUUUGUUUCGUAUGCUAUGCACUACGAUUAGGAUUAAUAUCUCUUGCACCAACACCAUGGUGGGUACUUCCAGUGGAAUUCUUCAUGCAGGGACCAACAUAUGCGCUUUGUUAUACAACAAUAGUAGCAUACGCAAGUGUAGUAUCACCACCUGGUGCAUCAGCUACUGUACAAGGAAUUGUAGCAGGGAUGGAUGACGGAUUCGGUUUCGCGGUCGGUAGUUUGAUCGGAGGCGUCUUGUACAAGAAAGUUGGUGGUGCAAAAACCUUACAAAUAUUUUCAGUGCUUGCAGCACUUUCAGCGUUCAUGUAUUUUGUUCUUCAUAUUUUGUACUUAAAACACAGAACACCAGAUACACGAAAUAAUGUUGAAUGGAAGAAACCUGAAGAUGCACAGAGGCACUGUGAUAUUGCAGAAAUGUGAUAUAUAUUUUAUCAUUAAUAUCUUUAUAAUAAAUUAUAUAUAAAGAUAUAUUCCAAAAAAUAUUAAGUUAAUAUAAAAAUCGAUCAAUUAUAUAACUAAGAAUUUUAAAAUAAUUAUUUUAUGCUUCUAACAUUCAAUUUAAUUGAACAAUUUGCUCCCUACAAAAUACUUAUUAUUUAUCUUUUUAUAUAUACUACUAGCUUGCCAGAAAGAUAACAAGUACUCGGCGUUUGAAUACAUUAGUAAAAUCUUUCUAAAAAUUUUUGAAUAUUGCGGUAAAUAUAAUUUAUUAAUACAUCUUAGCGAGAUAUAGAUAUAGAUAUGUGAUUUUACAAGAUUAUACAUUCAGAUGAGAUGUAGAUUGAAGAAAGUAAAAAAUUUCUCGCCACAAAUCAGGUUUCAACAAAAAGAUUUCGUAAAAGUGUGUUAUGUUUAUAUUUGUACUUAUGUAACUGUAUACUCAACUAUAACGUUUAAACGUUUUAUGGAAUUUUUCUCAGUUUGAAUUUAACUUUCAACUUAAAUAAAGUGAAUUUGGAAACUAA